AUGACCAACGACGGACGUUCCAAGUUUGGAGAAAUUCUUCGCCUUCUCCAUCAGACCCGGAAUGUUUCACUUCCCGAGGCAGAUAUUCAUGUUAUAGGCGAUGGGAAUGUUUUGGCCCAGCUGAAAACCUUAAACGAGCUCCUCCAGAGCCAUGACCAUCCUCGUGAGGCUACUGCCGUGAACGAUGUCCUCAUCCUUUGCGAGCAGCCUCACGAGCUAGGUGGCUUAGAUUUACAGCCGCAUCGUCAACUAGCAGGAGACGAAGAAGCUGAAAUCCUAUUCCUGGUAUCUGCAUGGCUGGAGGCCCUUAACUCAGCGGAUAGAGCCAAAGAAAAACCAGAGCCACUCAGCUCACGCCCUCCAGGUCGUCGUGGUAUGACAUUGAGUGAGAAAGUCUUUGCAAUGCAUGAUGUUGCACAAAAUGGAUUUGUGAAGGUUGGGGAUCUCAUUCGGGUUGACGUAGAUUGGGUGAUAGCCUCAGAGGCGUCAUGGGCGGGAAUGGAAGCAACAUAUAACAGCCUAGGACAACCUGAAAUCUUUCGCAAUGACCGAUUCUGGCUUGCAGGUGACCAUGUCAUUGAUCCUCGAGUUAAGGACGUGCCUCAAGUCAAAGCACUUGUUGACGCCAGUGAAAGAGCUAAAAAGGUUUUCAAAUUGACUGAGUAUCAAGGAAUGAACUAUACCAUCCUUCAUACCGAAUUUUACCGAGAAAGGGCCCAGCCCGGAAUGCUCGUGAUAGGAUCUGAUUCUCACACCUGCUCUUCUGGUGCGUUGGGAUGUCUGGCAAUCGGUCUGGGUGCUGCAGAUGUCACUUUACCCUUGGUCACAGGAGAGACAUGGUUCAAAGUCCCAGAGUCCGUAAAUGUGAGAUUGAUCGGUUCCCCUAAACCGGGAAUAGGGGGCAAAGAUAUUAUAUUAUACAUUUUGCAGCAAUUGAAGAGGAACACGGUUGCAUCGGAAAGAAUUGUGGAAUACACCGGUCCAGGGCUGCAGUAUUUGACAUCUGAUGCACGAUUUGCUAUUUGCAAUAUGACUGCGGAACUCGGAGGUAUCACGGGUAUAUUCGUGCCUGAUGGAACCACCCUCGACUUUGUGCAGAAACGCCUUCACCCGCGACAUAAAACGGCCAGUAUUUUCCUAAAACCAGACGAAGAUGCGCAAUAUGCGGAGACGUACGAAAUAAAUCUCGGAAAUGUCCAUUCUUUCAUUGCCAAGCAUCCAAAGCCAGAUGACGUCGUGCCUGUGGCCGAGUGUGAGAAUAUGCCUGUUGAUGGAUGUUUUAUUGGUGCCUGCACUACAACUGAGGAAGAGCUGAUUCUAGGUGCAUUGGUACUUGAGCAGGGUCUCAAAUCCGGUCUGAAGCCAGUGAACAAAGGAAAUCGCAGGGUAGUCCCAGGAUCGUUGCCCAUUCAACGGAGGCUUCGCGAGCUCGGUUUGUUGGACAUUUACGAGGCUUGCGGAUACAAGAUUGGGGUCCCGGGGUGCAGCUACUGCGUUGGCAUGUCUGCUGAUCAGGCUAAACCAGGUGAAGUAUGGCUGUCGUCUCAGAAUAGAAAUUUCGAAAAUAGGAUGGGAAAAGGAUCGUUUGCAUAUCUUGCUUCUGCAGCCACUGUUGCCGCGUCAUCAUUCGAGAUGAAAGUCAAAGACCCACACGACCUGUUAUGUCGAGUCAACCUUGCACGGUGGAAUUCACUCAAGGCAAUCAAAAAGACAUCUGGUCUAAACGGCCAACAGAACUUGCAGGUCUUAGUGAAUUAUGUUGAACCCAAUGGAUUUGGAAACCCGAGCUCAAUAGACCAAUCGUCACUUCGAGCAGAGUAUGUUGCAGCCUCUACCGAGGUCAGGGUUAACAAUCCAGGGGAGCCGAUCAACGUAAAAGCGGAGGAGAACGUAUUGAAGGGUAAAAUCCAGAAGUUAGGGAAUUAUAUUGACACGGAUGCGUUGGCACCAGCAAACUUCCUCGUAGAAAGCAAAACCAAUGAAGUGCUAGGUACGCAUUGCUUGGAAUAUACACAUCCGGAUUUCCGACAGAAGGUCAAGGAUGGGUUCAAUAUUGUCGUCGCCGGUACGGGAUUUGGAUGCGGAUCAUCUCGUGAGCAGGCAGUGAUGGCUUUACUCGGGUGUGGUGUCCAGUGUGUCAUUGCGAAGUCAUUUGCGUUCAUUUUUCAGCGUAACAUGCCGAAUCUCGGUCUUCUUGGCAUAACCAUCUCUGAUGAAUCCUUUUACGACGCGGCAACAGACGGCACAGAGAUCUCGAUCAAUCUUAGUAAUAACGAAGUCGUACUGGGCAAAAGGCAAGUGAAGUUUGAACUGAGUCAGAUGGAAAAGGAACUCUUCGACCACGGCGGUAUUUCAUCGGCUUUCCAGAAGUUUGCCAUUGCGGCAAACAAGCAGGAUGCCUCGACCUCGACAACACAUAGGAUCAGUGGAUUCAGCAAAUCCGAAGAGUCGUCGGAUUGCUUGCAAGAGUUGUCGGCAGGCAAAGAGCUGGAGUUCAAGCGUAUGAACAAGCCCGAAAAACUUGAAGAGUUAGAGAGAGAGAUUCGAGAACUUCGAUCUUCUAUUGCAAAUACCUCGGCCACUGGUGCGCCCUUGCUAGAAGGAAUAACUCGAGAUCAGCAGGCGACAAAUAGUCAAAGCAUACCAGAAAUCAGAACGGAACACUAUCAACCUGGCAAUCAACUAUUCUCUAUUCUGCCAAUAUUACCUUUCGAACAAAGGUCAACUUCUAUACCAAUUGACACCCCAUCGCAAAAGUAUAAACCAGCCAGGUCCCUUAAUGAUAUCACUCUUGCACCAGACAAGGUCACCAAACUAUUUCACAUCUUCUUUGAUAAAUAUCACCCACAUCACCCGAUCCUCAACCCACUCACCACGCCGGAAGAAUACUUUAGCAAAUCAGCAUUGCUGUUCUGGACGAUAUCAUAUGUCGCAUCUCGACGGGACGUCGAUGACCCGCAUUUGUUAGUCAGUUUGAUCCCAUCCGUCAAGAAGCUCCUAUGGGAGAUGAUUUCCAAUCCUCCCCAUACGUUAGAACUUGUGCAGUCUAUAGUGCUUAUAUGCAUGUGGCCAUUUCCCACUUCCUCACUUACAACUGACAGCACUGUAAGUCUGGCUACGCUGGCACAUUCCAUCGCAUUGCAACUAGGUCUACAUCGUCCCGAUGCCAUCAGUGACUUUUCACGGACACAUAAACGAUUAAGCCAGAAUGAGAUUUCGGACUGCUUAAAAACAUGGUCAGCUUGUUAUAUCGCAUUACAAAGUAAUUUAUUUACAGAUGGGCAACCCUCGCCAUCCUCGUAUUGGACUAUUGACCGUCUCAGUAACCAAGAUGACCAUACACUAAUACCAGAGGCUAUUGUACAGCAGCUCAAAAUCUAUCGUUUUGUGACGUGCACCUCUUCGAGUAUUGCCGGGGUACCUCGAUUUGCGGAAGGCUCAGCUCGGCCAGGUGAUACUCUUCCUCUACUGGCUUUACUCGAGCAAGAAUUCCACGAGCUUGGAGCAAGUAUUGGCCAUGGAUUGACAGACGAAAACAGCAUCUUACUAGAUGGAGCAGGUCUCCAACUCUAUAUCUUCUACCUCAUGGAACUUAGUGGUUCCCACCUUCGCAAAAUGGCCCUUCUUCGGGGCUAUAGCCUAGCAAUCGGCCUGAUACGGCGAGCUUCGGAUCUCGCUAUGAAGUCCGAUUUCAUACACUACGGAUCUCAAGUCCUAUUUCAAGUGCUAUCAUUGGCUGCCAUGUUUAUACUGAAACUGAGCUAUUCCGGCUACUCUAGAUUUAUUGAGGUUGAAGAGGGGAAGCGCAUGUUUCAUAUUGGAGCUCAACUGAUUCGACAAACUUCACUAGAGGAUAAUGAUCUUCAAGGACGUAUGUCGAAGAUAUUAACUCAGCUUUGGAGUGGAUACGCUCGGAUUGGGAAAUGUGAUGAGGAACCAAGUUUGAAACUCAGAACCCGGCUAGCGGCAAGUCUUCUCCAUGAUCUCUUAUGGUCCUGGAGAAAUGCAUUUGGUAAUCAGGGCAAUGACAAGACUACUUCUCAGGGUAUAAAAGGGCCCCAUCACCUGCUGCUACGACUUCGCAAGUAG